GCUCCGAUGAGAGCCCUGUGGAUGAUUUCAAUGCAGGAAAAACAGGAGUUUCCCUUCCAUUGGAUUUAUAUUUUUUCUCCUCACACACUUGGAUUGAGGGGAUGAUGAUUGUUUUCUACACAUUUUAGAAGAAGGAUUUAAGAUAUGGACAAUCAGAGAUUUGUAAAGGCUUGGAAAUGGCAAGUAGCUUUCUCCCUCUUCCUUUGUAGCUGGGGCUGGGUCUCUGGGCAGCUGCGUUAUUCUAUUGCUGAGGAGUCUCAUCCAGGGACUGUUGUGGGGAAUGUGGCUCAGGAUCUGGGGGUGAAUCUGGCUGAUAUUAGUAGAAGGAGACUGAGUUUGGGAUCAGAUGGAAGCAGCAGAUUAUUCUCUCUUGAGGAGAAGAAUGGAGCUCUGGUUGUACAUGAGAGGAUUGAUAGGGAGAGCCUGUGUGGAUCCAGCCUGAGCUGUUUGCUGCAUCUAGAGGUUGUGGCUGAGAAUCCUCUGGAGCUUCACAGUCUGGAAAUAGAGGUUCUGGAUAUUAAUGAUAAUUCACCAGUAUUUCCAAGUGCUAACCAGAUUAUAAAGGUGACAGAGUUACUUACAAGUAUAGGUAAACAAUUUCCGUUAGAGAAUGCUCAAGAUUUAGAUGUUGGGAUUAAUAGUGUCAGUCAGUACACAAUGAAAUCAAAUCCAUAUUUUUCAUUGUCCACAAAAAAGCGUAACGAUGGAACGCUCAUUGCUGAAUUAGUGCUGGAAAAGACUCUAGACAGGGAAGAGAUCGCAGAGCACAGGCUUAUUCUCAGUGCUAUAGAUGGAGGAGAACCAGCCAGAUCAGGAUCUACACAGAUUACUGUUCUUGUAUUAGAUAUCAAUGACAAUGCACCAGUUUUUCAUCAGUCCUUGUAUAAAAUCAGUAUCCUAGAAAAUAUCCCUCUGAAAACGACCAUUUUGAAAGUCAAUGCUACUGAUUUAGAUGAAGGCGUAAACAGUGAAUUCAUCUUUUCAUUUGAUCAUCGUACUUUAGAAGCUGCAAAGGCAACAUUUGAUUUAAAUCCUACAACAGGGGAAAUAUAUAAUAAGGAAAUUGUAGAUUAUGAAGGCAUCAACUUUUUUGAAAUUUUUAUUAAAGCUGUAGAUAAGGGUUCUCCUAAACAAGAGGGACACUGUGUUGUCCAAGUGGAAAUAGAAGAUGUAAAUGAUAAUAGCCCAGAAAUUAAUUUUAUAUCUAAAAAUAAUGCAAUCACUGAAAAUGUCCCUAUAGGAACUGUUGUUGGACUCAUCACAGUAAGAGACAAGGAUUCAGGUAAAAAUGGAGAAGUUAGACUGGAUGUACCACUGGGUUUACCAUUUAAAUGCCAGGCCAUGUCACAGCGUUACGCUCUGGUCACUAGUGGACAUCUGGACAGAGAGAAGCUCUCACAAUACACGAUUAAACUGACGGCAUCUGAUCUGGGUUCUCCAGCUCUCAGCAGUCAGAUUACAAUCAGCCUUAAUAUCUCUGAUGUUAAUGAUAAUCCUCCAGCAUUUCUACACAAUGUCUACAAUGCCUUCAUAUCGGAAAACAAUGAGGCAGGCAGACUGUUAUGUACAGUAUCUGCCGUAGAUCCAGAUGAGGGAGCUAAUGCAAACCUUAUUUACUCCAUCACUGAGAGCCAUAUCCAUGGUUCUCCUGUCUCAUCAUUUGUCUACAUUAACUCCAACACCGGGGAUAUUCAUGCACAAAGGUCUUUUGACUAUGAACAAUUCCAGGUUCUGCAGAUCAUAGCAAGAGUGGAAGAUUCCGGAUCUCCAAAAUUAUCCUCCAAUGUUUCUGUCUUCAUAUUUAUUGUAGAUACAAAUGAUAACGCUCCCACCAUCUUAUACCCAGAGAAUACAGGAGAGACCAUUGCUGAAGAGACCAUUCCAAGAUAUGCUGCUGCUGGCUAUUUAGUCACUAAGGUGUCUGCAGUGGAUACAGAUUCUGGGCACAAUGCCUGGCUCCUCUAUAGUCUUGUUCAGUCUGCCAGUCCUGCUUUAUUCCACAUCUCUGAAUACUCAGGAGAAGUCAGGACUCUCCGAGGUUUACAUGAAAUAGAUAACAUGGAGCAUCGACUUGUGAUUGCAGUCAGUGACCACGGGGAACCUUCAAUGACCACUACAACUACUAUUAUUGUCAGUAUAUUAGACACUGUUUCUCAGGAAAGUCCUAAAUCUCAAGACUUUCUUACAAAUGCCAAAUCUACUCCAGACCUCACUCUGUAUCUUAUUGUCUCUCUUGUGGCCAUCAGUGCAGUUUUUCUGGUCACAUUUACUAUCUUACUUGUCAGGUGCCUUAGAAAGAAUUAUUAUUCUGGGUGUGGAUUCUGCUUUACUGACAAAUCGCUUUCUACCACCUAUAUGGAUCAGUACAAACCAACCCUUUACCUGAACUCAUGGAACAUUAAAGUACAUGGAGGUGCGGAUGGCUCCACCAGAAGCUCCAGGGUCUUGUUAUCCGGCUUGUUUUCCUCCUGUAACAGAUAUUUCUCAUUCUACAUUACCAAAGACUCAGUUAACUAAUUUGGUCAGGGAACCAGAACAUAUUUCAGAUUCCAGCUGGUUUAGUGAACCUCCUCAGCAGGCGCAACCUGGUGCAGAGUGGCGCUUCUCACAGGCUCAGAGACCCGGACCUAGUGGAGCACAACCCGCAGAGGAGGCUGGAGUGUGGCCAAACAACCAGUUUGAAACUGAGAGACUUCAGGCA